GCUCAGCUGGGGAAGAGUCCUGGGAUUACCAGGGCUAAUCGCCAACUGUCCAUUUCAGAAGAGCCUUGGAGAAAGGAGUUUGGAGUUGUCCUUGCGUGCUCCGGGAUAGUCUCAGUUUUCCUGGCUAGCGGGUACGGAACUCGGUAACUACGCUACAGGGGACACGGUCCGUCCAGGCGUGUAUCGCAGCCAGGCAGCCAGCGCCACGCCUUCCGCCCUGCAGAGGGCUCUGUCCCCAAGAGAGCCGGGCGUGAGGGAGGGGCCGCCGCCCCGCCUUCUCCCCGGCCGCCGCCAAAGGCGUGCGAUGUGAAGCCUGCGUUCACUCUACUCAGCGUUCGCCUCCUCGCCGUCCGGCUCUCCUGGUUAACGUCUGCCACCCCUGACAGUGACCGUGACCACCACCGCGGACCGCGCCUUCCCAGGCUGUUCGCCGCGCGUGGUAUGUUCGGAAGGUCUGGCGGACUCAUCUCAGCGUUUACAUAAACGAUUGAUAGUGCUCUGCCUCCGAGUGCACGGACCGUGACAUCGGAGCCCUCGAACCUCUGACAGCCACUCCUCUUCGACCCUGUCCAGGUCAGGCAAGGCCCAACACCAUCUCCAGGACCUCUUCUGUGAACUGUGGACGCUCCAGCCGUCUGCAUCAUCUUUGCAAAGGCAGAAACUCUUCAGAUGUCUUCCAAAAAUGACCACGUUUUCAUCCCAAUGUCACAAAGAGACACCAGUGGGCCCCCUGGGACAACCUCCAACGACCUGAAGAUGGUUACUGAAGGAGCCGUGUUAAGUUUUCAUAACAUUUGCUAUCGAGUGAAAGUGAAGAGUGGCUUUCUACUUGGUCGAAAAACAGUUGAGAAAGAAAUACUAAUGAAUGUCAGUGGGAUCAUGAGACCUGGCCUCAACGCCAUUCUGGGACCCACAGGUGGAGGCAAAUCUUCGUUGUUAGAUGUCUUAGCUGCAAGAAAAGAUCCGCAGGGAUUAUCUGGAGAUGUUUUGAUAAAUGGAGCACCUCAACCUGCCGAUUUCAAAUGUAACUCAGGUUAUGUGGUACAAGAUGAUGUCGUGAUGGGAACUCUGACAGUGAGAGAAAAUUUACAGUUCUCAGCAGCUCUUCGACUUCCAACAACUAUGACGCAACGUGAAAAAAAUGAACGAAUUAACACAGUCAUUCAAGAGUUAGGUCUGGCUAAAGUGGCAGAUUCCAAGGUUGGAACUCAGUUUAUCCGUGGUGUGUCUGGAGGAGAAAGGAAAAGGACUAGUAUUGGAAUGGAGCUUAUUAUCGAUCCAUCCAUCUUGUUCCUUGAUGAGCCCACAACAGGCCUAGACUCAAGCACAGCAAAUGCUGUCCUUUUGCUCCUGAAGAGGAUGUCUAAACAGGGUCGAACCAUCAUCUUCUCCAUUCAUCAGCCUCGUUAUUCCAUCUUCAAGUUGUUUGAUAGCCUCACUUUAUUGGCCUCAGGAAGACUAAUGUUCCAUGGGCCUGCUCAGGAGGCCUUGGGGUACUUUGCAUCCACUGGUCAACACUGUGAGCCCUAUAAUAACCCUGCAGACUUCUUCCUGGAUGUGAUUAAUGGAGACUCCUCUGCUGUGGUAUUAAGCGAAGAGGACGAAGAUGGUGAAGGCAAGAAGACCAAAGAGCCUUCCGAGAGAGAUCAGCCACUCAUAGAAAAAUUGGCUGAGUUUUAUGUCAACUCCACCUUCUUCAGAGAAACGAAAAUUGAGUUAGAUCAAUUCUCAGGGGUGCAAAAAAAGAAGAAGAGCAUAGCCUUCAAGGAGAUCACCUAUGCCACCUCCUUCUGGCAUCAACUCAAGUGGAUUUCCAAGCGUUCCUUCAAAAACUUACUGGGUAAUCCCGAGGCCUCUAUAGCUCAGAUCCUUGUAACAGUUUUCCUGGGACUUGUUAUAAGUGCCAUUUUCUAUCAUCUAAAAAGUGACUCUACAGGAAUCCAGAAUAGAGCUGGGGUGCUCUUCUUCUUGACAAAUAACCAGUGUUUCAGCAGUGUGUCUUCUGUGGAGCUCUUUGUGGUCGAGAAGAAGCUGUUUAUGCAUGAAUAUAUCAGUGGAUACUACAGAGUGUCAUCUUAUUUCUUUGGAAAACUCUUAUCUGAUUUACUACCCAUGAGGAUGUUACCAAGUAUUAUAUUUACUUGUAUAACAUACUUCUUGGUAGGAUUGAAAGCAGAGGUGGGAGCUUUCUUCAUCAUGAUGCUUACUCUUAUGAUGGUGGCUUAUGCAGCCAGUUCUAUGGCACUGGCCAUAGCAGCAGGUCAGAGUGUGGUAUCCAUAGCAACACUUCUCAUGACCAUCUCUUUUGUGUUUAUGAUGAUUUUUUCAGGGCUGUUGGUCAAUCUCACAACCAUCGUGCCUUGGCUCUCAUGGCUUCAGUACCUCAGCAUUCCUCGAUACGGCUAUGCGGCUUUGCUGCAUAGUGAAUUUUUGGGACAAAACUUCUGCCCGGGACUCAAUGUAACAGCAAACAAUACCUGUAGCGCCGCAACAUGUACUGGAGAAGAAUUCUUGAUAAAGCAGGGCAUCGAUAUCUCGCCUUGGGGCCUGUGGAAGAAUCACGUGGCUUUGGCAUGCAUGACUGUUAUCUUCCUAACAAUUGCCUACCUAAAAUUGUUGUUUCUUAAAAAGUUUUCUUAAAGCUCUCUCUAAUUUACCUGAUUUGUCUACACAUUAAAAAGGAAUCUGUGCAAUUUAAGUA